CUGUUUAGUCUCCCCCUCCAUAGUCCCGCCGUGUACAAGAUCCACAAGCUGGAAGUAGCCUACGUACAUGGCAGUGUUUGGAGACACGCAACGUUUUCUGCCUCUGAAAUGGUCGUAAGUUGUUUGCCGUAGUUACAUCUGCUUCGCACUUUUUUGCCUUUUAAAGCAUCGAUUGGUUUUUUAAACAGUCUGAGGUUGAGAACAAACGAAGAGGAUUGUCCUAGAAGUUUACGAGCGUCCUUUAUCGCCAAGGAAAUGUAGACUUUCCCUAAACCAGGAUGGUUUGGGGGUAGUUAUGUGGAGUUUAAAUAGGAACUCGGGGCAGUUUUUCGAAAGGAGAAAAAGCGGGAUAAACAGUUGAAAAAAAAACUUUCCCCUGGUCCCUUAGAAGAUCGAGGCGGUGACUGGUUUGUGUGGCUGGGGAACAAUCUUUACGCACAGUCUGCCACAGACAGAUUUGUAAAAAUCCAAGAUGCGCCUGUUGAGCACGUCAUGCGGAUGGAACCGCGAAGACAACAGAGGGAGAGUACUGAAUUCUGGGAUGAUUUAUUUGCUGUUGCUCCUCUGUGUCAUAUUGACCUGUCACGGUUGUCCAGACAAGUGUUUGUGCGUUUCACAAACUGUGAAAUGCCAAAACCAGGACUUGAAUGACAUUCCGCAUUCUUUACCAAACAACACCAAAGUUCUGUUCGUCACAGGAAACGACAUUUCCGGUAUUAGUGUGGACUCUUUCCCAACCCGCCUAGAACUGUUAACAGAUCUCUAUCUUAGUGGGAAUGAGAUUGAGUCUGUGGAUGUACAGGCAUUUGAAAACUUGCCAAACCUUGUGCGACUGGACCUUAGCAAUAACAACAUUCUGAAUUUCAGUGAAAGAGCUUUUCCCAGUGAGAACAAAGUGCAAGUCUUGAACCUCAGUAGUACUUUUCACAAUCAUACCUUCAUGGAUGAGUUUCUGGGCUUCCUGCAGAGUGGAAACCUCGAUCAGCUGACAGUCCUGGACCUGUCCAACAAUGACCUUGUGAUUCUUCCAGAUGACAUAUUCUCCAGCCUCUCCCACCUGGUCAACCUCAGCCUGCAGAACAGCUCCAUCAUCUCCAUUCCGAAUGGGACGCUGAAGGUGCCGCUGCGUGACCUUGACCUGAGGGACAACAGCCUGAGGGACCUUCCCACCGCCACCCUGGUGCAGUUCGACCACAAGCCUGGACUCCGAAUCCAGCUGGCGGGGAACCCCUGGCGAUGCGACUGCUUCAUCGAAGACAUGCUGCUCUGGCUGAAAAACACUACUCAGAUCGUGGACAGGCAGUACCUGACCUGCGCAGAUCCCGAGGCCCUCAGGCGCAGCCACCUCCUGCAUCUAGAGCUGUCACAGCUGAAGUGUUUGGGUGACAUGGAGGGCGUCCUGGAGACUUCUUAUGUUUUUCUGGGGCUGGUUCUGGCUCUUAUUGGCGUCAUAUUUCUGCUGGUUCUCUACCUGAACAGAAAAGGUAUCAAGCGUUGGAUGUACAACAUUCGGGAUGCUUGUAGGGACCAUAUGGAGGGGUACCAUUACAGGUACGAGAUAAAUUCUGACCCCCGUUUGGCCAACCUGAGCAUCAACUCAGAUGUGUGAGCAAUAGUGGGACAGUGUCAUGGACCUCACAGUGAGAUUUGAAAUGACUUGUACUGUUAAGAGUUGCAUGAAAGUCUUCCUCCCCUUCCCCCUUUCCCCCUUUGAUGCUAUACAGAUUUGACAUCUGUCAUGACUCCUUAUUACCCCCCUCCCCCCCCCCACAAACUCCAUUCAACCACUGCCGCAUGUCUUAUAAAAGUACCUGGCAGCUGUGUGUCUUCCGUGUUGCAUUGCAUGGGCAAUGAAUUCUGGUAAACGGUCGCUGUUGUUCUUUUGGAAGAGCUGCAAAGAGUGAUAUGUUCUAUUUUUACUUUUCCUAAAGGAGAAACGGACGGAGUUAGGUGACUUUGUGAAAGAAUACCUGUCGAUAAACAAACACUCAGCUGGUCAUUGCAUCCUUGUCAUUAUGCCUCUGCUGCAGAGAAAUGCUAUACUGCUUGUUUAUGAGUUUGUUAUUUUUAAUAUGUGAAUUGUGAUAUAAAGUAUGCCCUUUUUGAACGUUUAUAGUGCACAUUGCAUAGGUUUUUUUUGGAUUACUAGAUAGAUGUAAUUGCUCUUUUUUUUCUGUGAAGAUAUUCAGCUAAAUAAAAAGCCUCUGGAUUGCUGGUA